AUGGCGACGACGAACGCCAUUGCGCUGCGCCUCUCCGUCGCGAUCGUCUUGUCCGUGCUCUCGCGGCAGGCCCUCGCCGCCGGCGAGGGAUCCAAGGAGGCGGACAGGAUCCCCCUGUUGCCCGGGCAGCCGCUGGGUGCGCUUCUCCAGCAGUAUUCCGGCUACAUCAACCUCAAUGACAAAUACGGGAAGUCGCUCUUCUACUAUUUUGUGGAGGCCGCCGCUGAUGCCGCCCAGAAACCUCUGGUUCUCUGGCUCAAUGGAGGGCCUGGCUGCUCGUCGUUUGGGAUCGGAGCGUUCCAGGAGAUCGGCCCGUUCCGCGUGGACACGGACGGCAAGACCCUCUGCAAGAACAAGUACACCUGGAACUCAGUGGCGAACGUGCUGUACCUGGAGAGCCCCGUGGGCGUGGGCUUCUCGUACGCCGUGGACACGGGGGUGUACAAGGUGAUGAGGGACAACAUGACCGCGACCGACUCGCUCCAGUUCCUGCUCAACUGGCUGGACCGGUUCCCCGAGUACAAGGGCCGCGACUUCUUCAUCGUCGGCGAGAGCUACGCCGGCCACUACAUCCCGGAGCUCGCCACCGCCAUCCAGGUCGCCAGGAUCACGCGCCCCGCGGAGACGCCCAUCAACCUCAAAGGAAUCGCCAUUGGGAACGCGAUCCUGGAGUUCGCGGCGGAGCAGAGCGCGCUGUACGAGUACCUGUGGCAGCACGCGUUCCUGUCGGACUCGGGGCACAACCUCAUCGCCCAGAGCUGCAAGGGCAUCGACGACAACUCGCCGCUCUGCUCGGGGGCCAAGGACACGGCCUACAACCAGCUCGGCAACAUCGACGUCUACAACCUCUACGCCGGGACCUGCCACGACAAGAAGGUCAAGCCCAUCGGAUCCAACUGCAUGGACCUGGCUGACCCUUGCGCCCAGUACUACGUGGAUGCGUACCUGAACCAGCCAGAGGUGCAGAGGCUCAUCCACGCCAACACAGGGCUCAAGUACCCGUGGACCAGAUGCAGAGGCACCAACUACAACCUGUUCAAGUUCGGGGACUCGCCCUACACGUCGAUGCUGCCGUACCUCAAGGCCAUCAUCAACAGCGGCAUCCGCGUCUGGAUCUUCAGCGGCGACCUGGACGCCAUGGUCCCCGUCAUCGCCACGAAGCAGUCGAUGCAGAAGCUCGGGCUCCCCGUCGUCGCCGACUGGCGACCAUGGUCCACCGACGGCCUGGAGGUCGCCGGCUACGUGAUCGAGUACAAGGGCCUGGUGUUCGUGACGGUGCGCGGGUCCGGGCACAUGGUGCCGAUCGACCAGCCGGACCGCGGCCUGGUGCUCUUCAAGUCAUUCAUGGAGGGGAAGCCGCUCCCCAAAGCCGCGCCCAUGGUCGACGAAUGA